CUACUUUUUCAUUCGCCCGCCCACAAGAGGGUUCAAAAAGCUCGAUUUCCACCUCCGGUGUCGAGUUGCCGCCAUCUUUGUAUCCGUUUUAAUACAAAAAUAUAAUUUAUUUUCAUUAUCUAAGGUGAGGAGAACAUUCAAAAUAAUUGGGUAAAGUCAAGGAACUUAUGUCUGCAGCCUAAGAGCAUUCAUUUGAAGCCGUAUUGAGAUGUCGCUGGUGGAUUUGGGGAAGCGGCUCCUUGAGGCUGCACGGAAAGGCCAGGAUGAUGAAGUCAGGACACUCAUGGCCAAUGGGGCUCCCUUCACCACAGACUGGCUGGGCACAUCUCCGUUGCACCUGGCCGCCCAACACGGGCACUAUUCCACUGCCGAGGUGCUGCUCAGGGCAGGCGUCAGCAGGGAUGCCCGAACCAAAGUGGACAGGACCCCUCUGCACAUGGCUGCUUCAGAGGGCCACAAUGUCAUCGUGGAUCUAUUAGUCAGGAGUGGCGCAGACAUUAAUGCCAAGGACAUGCUGAAGAUGACUGCUCUCCACUGGGCCGCCCAGAAUGGCCACCAAAGGGUAGCGGAGACGCUCGUGAAACAUGGCGCCGAUGUUCACGCUCUCAGUAAAUUUGAUAAGACGCCGUUUGACAUCGCAGGAGACAUCCAGAAUGCAGACCUUAUGCUCCUACUACAGGAGGGAAUGCAGAACCAGGUGAACAUGAACGCAGAGGCUGGCAUGACGGGGAGCUCGGCCCAGCCUCAGUUUAUCAUCCAGGGCAUCCCAGGGCUCCCGGGGGGUGUGGUCAACCUGGCAGACCUCCUCAACAACAUCAACUCGGGUAGCUACUCGGCAGGUGACUCUGAGGAAGCCAUAGCAGCCAAUUCUUUGGACCCCGGCAGCAUCCAGCACAUGGUGAACGAGCAAGGUCAAAGGGUUAUCACCAUAGUGACCGACCAACACGGUAACCUACAGACUGGAGGGCUUGGUCAGCCAUUCUUUGUCACCAUGCAGCAUGGACAACAGAUGUUGGCGAUGCCAGCCAAUCAGGUGACAGAGGAGGUGGUUGAGGAGGAACCCCAGCCCCCGCCUGCCCGCAAGAGGAAACUAGAGGCCUCUGCCAACCACAUGGAUUCUGGAGACACGGAGCAGUUACAGAGGCAGCUGCAGGAGGCCAACCGGAAGGCCCAGGAGUACCGGCAGCAGCUGAUGUGCAAAGAGCAGGAAGCAGAACAGUACCGUAUGAAGCUGGAGGCCAUGUCGCACAGCCAUACCAACGGCACCUCUGAGCAGGAGGAAGUGGUUGAGGAGGAGGAGGAGGAGGUGGUGGUGCUCCAGGAGGGAGACAUCAUCAUUAAGACGGAGGAGCUGGACUCGGCUGAGGAGCAGGUGACGCUGGUGGAGUCGGUGCCCUCCCACACCGUGGUCAUCUCAUAACACCAGACAGACUGAUGUCACUGAUGGAAGGAGAAAUGGACACGAACUCAGGCGACGGGGCAGGCUAUCAGCUUUUUCCAUAGCUCUUUUAAGUUUUUCCCCCCAUCUGAGUUUUUUUUAAUGUUUUGUUUUGUUUGUACUAUAUUUACUUACUCUUUCUGCUGUUUCAGUAGUUUUUUUUCUCUCCCUCAAAUCAUGUUUUUUUUAUUUUUUUAACAAGUAGGGAAUUGAGGCGCUGAAUAGCAGGAGGUGCGUCACAGGUUGGUUGAGGAGCCGGAAUGGGACCUGCUCAGCCUGUGGAUAAAGUUUCCUGCCUGAAAAACGUGUAUGCUAUCUGAGAGACGGGUCACUCGGUCUCUGUCUGUGGCGUCUGAGACAUGUCAGUGGUGUGGGAAAUACAUUUUCACGUUGCCAACUACAUAUCACAAGAUGUCCAAGACGAGUCCAUCCGUGGUGCCAGAGGACCAGUCUGUGGAGAGAACACUUUUGUUUGUUUUUGUUCAGUUCUUUCAGGUCACAAAAGUCGCCCUCUCCCUCACUCCUACCACCCCCACCAUCAUGGGCUCCACUGCAAUGGGAAUUGUAUUUAAGAAUACCUAUUUGAAAAUAACCGUCUUACAGGGCAUGCAGUUGGCAACAGUCAUUCCCUGCAUUUAUUGGACUCCGCAUUCACAAUAUAGUAAUGAAUUGUUUCAAAGUCAGGAAUUGUUUUGACUUUCAUGGCACCACGUUAGCUUUGUCCUCUGUGGGUGUUAUGGUCCGUGCCACUUCGAGUGCAGCGGUGAUUAUAGGUUUACUGUUGCAAACGCCACCCCCCCACCCCCCCCCACCAUCUCCCUGCUGAUGUCAAUACAAAGAAUAACGUCCUCCUGUUUAAUCACUAGUAGUCCCACUCCCCAAAGCCGGAGACGGACAGGAAUAAGGCUUUCAGAUUGCUGUGUCCUUCUGACAAUGACUAUGUCCCGUCACUUGUUUCUGCUACAGUUACUGUGCCGUUUUGUCAUCUCCCACCCUGAAUGAGAACGUGAACAACGUCUGGGUUAACAUUCAUCUCUCAGGGUUGAAGGGUGUUAAAGGAAAGUCAUCUCUGCCUGCUGUUCAGUAAGGGCCCAAUCUAAACUUGAGAUGCCAAAGCUGGUUUAAGUUGUGCCUACAUUUUGCAUUGACGUCAAUGGGGGAUUUCCACUGAAAUUAGAGUUCAGAUUUAUCGGAUGCUCUUGCCCAGGUUUAAAAUGACUUUAGUGGGUCUAACUGCAAUUUGAGUUGAACCAUGUUGAGCGACAGAUAUAAAUACACACACACACCAAUUUGAAUAUUUAAAAUGUUUCUGUACACUGAUCCUUGGUCAGUUUGAGAGGAGUACAUCUUGUAUAAUUAAUUUCCCACCAUGGCUAAUUGGGUGGAUGAAAUACACCACAGUUUUUGAGUUUCAGAAUUGAACCCCCCCCCCCCCCCCCCCCCCCCCCCCUCCCAGACGACCUCUUUACUUGGCGGAAGAGGUCUGCUGUUUUGCUGGAAUACCGUUCCUCCACUCACCCAUUGUAAACUUAGACCGCUCUCUUCCUUUGAGAAGUCGACGUUCUCCACGAGUAUGAUAUUUUUUUAUAAGCUCUCAGCAAUCCUUUUUAUUAUGUACAUAUAAAAUUGUAUUUUUAAGUGUAUCUGAAUGUUUUGGAAUGUAGACUGCUUAUAUAUGAUUUCUAAGCACAUCGUCCCUUUCUUAGUUUAGCAUCUCUUUUCCAGAUUGUACAGGCGAACAUGUAUGCACCAAAUGAUUAAAUAAUUCAAUUUACCAUGAUUUGACGGGUUUAUAGAUCUACCUGUUUCGCUACUGCUCUCACAGUUAAUUAAGGGCACUUGACCGAGCCACGAAUGACUUUGUGUGGACUUUGCUUGCUUUGAUUAAAAAGUAUGAAACGCCCUUUUUAAAAUGUUACAACUGGUAUCUGGAACAUGCUUUGAAGUGUUUGCUCAAUAACUUCGGUCUUCUCAGAGAUUGAGAACCGGUGGCGCUGGACCAUUUCCUCCGUUUUGUUUUAGACAUUGUUCCAUAUUGGCCAGCAGGUGGCACUACACUUUAACGGACUGAUCUGGUUUGUGAAAUGAAAUUGAGCGGGGAUCUUAUCUAUAUUUCUUACCCUCAAAUGAGUCGAUUUGCUGCUAAUACAGAAAGUGAAACGACUAGAGUAUCGCACGGUAACGUUGAAGCUUUAUUAAUGCAUUCCAUUUUCUAACUCAUUUAUGUAAGGUGAUAUUUCACUUGUACUGCCUACCAGGAUAACAUAAUUGAAAAUAAAAUACAAGCUCGUACCUGCAAAUGAUGUGGAUCUUGGGUUCAAAGACCGUUUUUAAUUCUAGAUCCUCACUGUAGUCAAGAUCCUUCACUCACUAGUGUCCCUCAGGCACAUUUGAAAGGAAAACUACACCCCAAAACUAUUUCUGGUAUUUCCAUCAACAAUGGACUGAUGAAACAAAUACCAAUAUUUGUUUUGGCUAGAGUUUUUCUUUUAACUUCCCUCAUUUGAUGCAUGCAGGCCAACUGUUUGGGAUUUGCAUUGUCACACAGCUAUUCCUGGCACUGCAGUGAAGUUACAUGUGUUGUGAAGCUUUGGAUUGUCUGAUCGGACUUUUACCAUAAAGCAUCUGAAAACGUUCUGCUACAAAGACUAUAAUGGAAUAGACCAGAUCCAGAAUUAUAAUUCUAUCUCUAAUGGGAUACAGGAGACAGAACACUAUCAGGGACUUUCCUCUUGACAGUUUUGAGAAGAUAAGGAACGAGAAUGAAUGUGACAAAUAAUGUAGGAUAGUUUUGUAUAGUUUUUUUCAAGAAGUUUAUUGACUAUUUUUAAGAAUCAAAUAAAUGCAAACUCUUAUACGAGGGAGAACUGCUUUUUUUUUGUAGCAAUAUUCGGGUUACCUGACAACCUGUGUAAUAGAUGCUUCUAGUAUGUUAUUUCUGCCUGCUGCUGUAACCCCUGUUUGCGUACGGUUGGAGUCAUUAAAACUAGUUUUUCAACCACUCCACA